AGGCAACUAGAAGGUGCUAUUAUGCUAUACCAGUCUGCGAUGUAACUUGAACUCUGUUUUCUCUUUGCGUUAUUCUUUUCAUUGUCAUAUCAGUCUCCAACAAUCAUCAUGACUUCCGACAUAUCUAUUCGUGUUACCUUUCGCGGCACUUCUCAUACGCUCUCACUUUCUCCAGAGUCAUCUUUAUCAUCCUUGCAAGACCACUUGGAACAGUUGACAUCGGUACCACCAUCGUUACAGAAGUUGUUGUAUAAAGGAAAGAAAGUUCAACAUCAAGAAAACGCAUCGCUUGCCGAAGUAGGGCUCAGAGAUGGCAUUAAAGUGCAAAUGCUGGGGUCCACUUUAGAUGAGAUUGGCGGCCUUAAAGCGCUAGAGGACGAACACCACAGGAAGGAUCGUAUCCUCCGUGAGAGAGCUCUGAAGCCCCAAGUCAAAGUGCGAUCAACCGGCUUUUCCAGUAGUAUAUCCACCAAGUACAUUUUCCACCGCUUGGAACCCCUUCCCCAUUUGCCCAAGCCAGAGACCGCAUUAUCAUUGCUCACUCGAUUAUCGAAUGACCAAGGAAUUCGUCAUGUAAUGCAUAAGCACGAAUUUUCUGUCGGAUUGCUUACGGAGCUUGCACCGCAUGAGCAUCCUGGGCUAUUGGGGUUGAAUGUGAAUGGUGGCCAGGAAAUCAAACUCCGGCUGCGUACUAAUGAUUAUGAUGGCUUUCGAGACUAUCGAACUAUCAGGCGCGUACUUUGUCACGAACUAACGCACAACGUUUGGUCAGAUCACGAUGACAAUUUCAAGGAACUCAACUCCAAAUUGAAUCGGGAAGUUGUGGAGUUCGAAACGUCUGUCGCUGAAGGCACCUAUUCUCUCCUAGGCGACGGAGACCUGUAUGAACCAUCAUCAAGGUUGGAAGCAGAGGCACGUGCCUAUGUUUUGGGUGGUGACACUCAGGCCUUAUCGGGGAGCCACAUGCACGAUGGUGUCGAGGAACGAAGGCGCAGGAUUUUACGUGCUGCCACCUCCCGAUUACAGAGCAGAGCUGUGGAACAGCCGGACCUCAUCAACUCCCAUAACUCUCUUUGUGCGAUCGACCCGCCACUAUAAUUGUGUUGAUAGGGAAGGGGACCAUGGAUGGUUUUGUUAUUUGUAGACUAGCUAGUGUGGAUUUUCUCGCCUUAUUCGUUAUUCGUUAUCUAAUUUGUUGUACCCUCCGAAAUUGAACGUAGUGCUCAUGUUCAGCGUUA